AUGCGUGCUAGCCGCGGCGGCUGGGAUCUCUGCGUAGGCGUCAAAGCAGAAGACCCUACAAUCGCAGGCGCACGAUCGAUCCCAUCGUUUAGCGCUGCCGCAGUGCUGCGCUUUGCACUUGCAUUUCAAGACUAAACACCCAAAAGACACAUCAAAGGCCAGUUGCCCGUGAGCGCGGGGGAAAAAGCAGCCAGCGCGUGGAAAAGCAGCCAUGGCCGGCGUCGGCAACCCGCUCAACGGCCAGAACGUGAAUUACGUGGCCGUGGCGCGCCUCGCGGACCGAUGCGUUGUGGCGCACGCGUCGCACGGCGCGCACGUCGACCAGAGCGGCGUCCGAUCGGUGUUAGAUCCGGCGCAGAUGCGGACCGUCGAUGCGAACAAACACUAUAAUUUCGAGACGAGCGGCGUGGCCUGGCAUUUGGAAAGUGAUGGAGCCGCGUGGAUCUACGUCGCGAUCACGUCGCCCUCCUACCCCCUGAGGCACGCCGCCGGUUUACUAAGGGAUUUGAGGACGAGCUUCCAGCCGAAGGCUGAGGCUGGAUUGAACGCGCGGGGCGAGGGCGCGCUGAACAACGCGAUGUCUGGGAAGUUCCAGCGGUUAUGUGCCCAGUACGACGACCUGGCCAACGUCGACUCCUUGCACGCGACCUUAGCGAAGGUCGAGACGGUGAAAGUCGUCAUGCAGGACUCGAUCGAACUGGCCCUCCAGAACUGCGUAAGUCUGGAAGCGAUCGACCAGAAAGCGGACGAACUCCAGUCGCAGGCGGGCAUGUUCAAGUCGCGCGCGAAGACACUCAGAAAACAAAUGUGGUGGAAGAAGUGCAAGAUGCAGAUGUUGAUUGCGUUCAUCAUUCUCACCAUAAUCGGCGUCAUCGUCGUCGUCAUCCUCGCGUACACGGGCCAGUUCGACAAGAAGAAGGGCAAGGACAAGGACAAGAAGAAGAAGGACAAGUAGCUCGUGAUAUGGCGUGUAACGUCCUUUUUUAGUCAUAUGGGAUGGCGUCGACGACGUGCCGCGCCCGCACCACAUUCCCCCGGAGUAGUAUAG